UGCACAGGAAGGACUGACAUCAGGGGAGGGAAGUUUUGACUCAUUCUCCGUGUUGAGUGCCUCUUCUCUGAGACUUAUCUUCCUCCCAUCUCACCGUGGACAGGACUGAAACAUGGCCCUCUACAGCUUUGGCUUGAAAAGAAAGCCACUGUGCCAUUUAUCAUCGUCUGCAUUCUCCCCCCUAUGUGUGGCUCUUCUGUCCCUUCUUGUCCCUCCAUCUCUUGGACAGCUAGACCUGAGCCGGUUGGACGGUGACACCGUCUGCCCACCAAUGAGAAAUGGACAAGAUGACCUUCCAGGUUUCGAUCUGAUCACCCAGUUUCAGCUGGAUGUGAUUCCCCUGAAAGGUGUGAAGAAGGUAGAUGGCUCCACUCCCCUCCAGGUGGCCUAUCGCCUGGACAAAGAGGCCAACUUCCAAAUUCCUACAAUGCUUAACUUCCCUCGAGGCUUCCCGGAUGAGUACUCCUUCAUGACCACCUUCCGCAUGAUCAAGAACACGGUGAAUAAGGUGUGGAAUGUUUGGCAAAUAGUGGAAGAAGACGGCAACAAACAGGCUGGACUCCGACUGAACGGUGACCAGCAGUCGCUGGAGUAUUUCCUGAUGGGUGCAGAUGGAACGCUACAGACGGUCACCUUCCCUGGUCUUUCUGUGCUUUUCAACACUAAGUGGCACAAGGUGAUGGUCGGCGUUGAGCACGACCAGGUCACCCUGUACGUAGACUGCCAGCCUGUGGAUCAGAAGCCCAUCAAGGGAAAAGGCCCCGUCAACACUGAAGGAGACACUCUCAUCGGCAGGCUGGAUUCUGAUCCGGAGUCCUCUGUUGUGUUUGAGUUGCAGUGGAUGCUGAUUCACUGUGACCCAAAGCGAGCCCAGAGAGAGAGCUGCAACGAGCUUCCUGCCUCUGAGAUGUUUGCCAAUGCUGAGCCUGAAAAACCAAUUCAAGGCCCCCCAGGCCCCCCUGGCCCUGAAGGCCCCCGAGGGGCUCCAGGAGAAAGUGGCAGGGAUGGAAGAGAUGGUCUUCCAGGGUCUCCUGGUGGUCCAGGUGCUCUUGGUCCAUCUGGUCCAAUGGGUCCCAGAGGGCCUGUCGGAGAGAGAGGACUUCCUGGCUUUCCCGGGCCUUCAGGUCCUCCCGGUCCAUCAAGUGAAGGCGCUCCUGGCCCCCCUGGCAAACCAGGGACCCCGGGGGAUGAAGGGAACAUUGGACCAGAGGGUCCACCUGGUCCUAGAGGAGGAUCCGGUGUUCCAGGGCCUCCUGGCCCUCCUGGUCCACCAGGGCCAGUGGGACCACCUGGUGCCAUCAGUGAGGGAAGUGGGGAAGCUUGUCCUGCUGCCUGUCCUGCUGGACCUCGAGGAUUGGCUGGGCUUCCCGGGAUUAAGGGACACAAAGGACUUCCAGGCGAGCCUGGAAAAGAUGGAGAUCCCGGAGAAAAGGGGGAAGCUGGAGAAGCAGGUCCUCAGGGGCCACCAGGCCACAUGGGAGAUGAUGGACAACGAGGACCAAUUGGAUUACCUGGAACUGCUGGAGAAAAGGGGGACAGAGGUCCUCCUGGUUACAAUGGGGUUCCUGGACCCACCGGCCCACCUGGAGCUCCUGGUGUGGAGGGAAUUCGUGGACGACAGGGUUUGCCAGGGCCCAAGGGAGAUGACGGAGCUGUGGGACCACAAGGACAGCCUGGUAGUCCAGGGGAGAAAGGGGAGCAUGGAGCAGCUGGGAAAAAUGGUGUGGAUGGGCUUCCCGGAGCUCAUGGUGCAAAGGGGGAAGCUGGAACGCCAGGAGCAGUUGGAAUCAGGGGGGUUGUUGGUAUUCCAGGGCUGCCAGGAAAGCAAGGAGUAGCUGGACCAACUGGUGAAAAGGGUGAAACUGGAGCUGAGGGACCUACUGGGCCAGUUGGACCUCCAGGAAAAACUGGACAAUCUGGAAAAGAUGGAGCGGAUGGUAAACCAGGAGAAAAAGGAGUUCCCGGUGACACAGGAAAACAAGGGCCAGUGGGGCCACAAGGCCCUACAGGGAUCCAGGGUGAAAAAGGAGAUAAAGGUAGCGUUGGCGCUAAAGGAAUGAAGGGCCAUACUGGGCACAAAGGGGAUCAGGGGCCUGUUGGACCGGUAGGACCAAAAGGGAGUCAAGGAGACACGGGACUGACGGGAGACCCUGGGGUCAAAGGAGAUCAGGGCCCUCCUGGUGUUCCUGGGAUCAAAGGAGAGCGUGGAGAAAAAGGCCCAAGAGGAGCUAUAGGAAUCGAUGGCAGACCAGGUCAACCAGGACAUGAGGGUGUGACUGGUCCCAUGGGAGCUAGAGGACUGGAGGGAGAGCCAGGACUUCCCGGGGCACCAGGUCCUAGAGGUCUACCCGGCCCAAAGGUGAGCGAUGAAAAGCUGCGAGAAAUGUGCUCGGCAGUUGUUGAAGAACAAUUAGAAACAUUUAUGAAAGAGUUCUUGAAGAGGCCAGCAGCUAUUGGGGCUCCUGGUACCGCUGGACCUGCAGGGCCUCCUGGACUCCCUGGGCCAGCUGGAGCUGCAGGAGCAGCAGGCGCUCCAGGGCCAAUUGGUCCCAAAGGCCAUCCUGGCUUCUUUGGACUUCCAGGUGCACCAGGCCAAAAAGGUGACGCUGGGGUAAAGGGAGACAAGGGGGAGGAUGGUAUAGGAAUCAAAGGAAGCCCAGGUGAACCAGGUGUACCAGGUGCACCUGGUGCCCCUGGGAUUGGAAAAGACGGCAAAAAUGGAGAGCGUGGUAUGACAGGAAGUCCAGGUAUCCCAGGGCCUACUGGUCCAAGAGGACCAUCAGGACCACCAGGCCUUUGUGACCCAUCGACUUGUAUGAGCAGAAUUCCACCUCUCUAUAUGGUCAGUGGAAAGAAAUCUUCCAGUUAUAAAAACCCAUGACUCACCAGAGCUCAGUGAAACUCUCUAGACUCCAUCUGGCCCAUGCCAAUGCUCCAGGGCUUCUCAUAGUUCUGGACGUGGUGAUCUUCAACAGGCUCCAUCAAGACCAGAGGAGGAAUAGACUCAAAGAGAAACGGACAUGGGACACACCUGUGCAGUAGUGCAAAAGAGAAGGAACGUUGUCAACACUAAUGAUUUGGAUGAUUCGGAAGACAAGUAGCUUCUACAACUGAUGACAGGCCUCAAGGCCCACGGGCUGUCUGGCAUAAAAGAUAACAUUACCACUGCUGCAUUCAGCCAUUAACAUUUCCUAAUGAGUUCGAUGUGUUUUACUGUGUUUCACACGUACUCUGAAUAAGUAGAUUUCCGUUCAUUUGCUUAGUUUAAAGACACAAACAAGAAAGACUGGUCAGGUAACAGUUUGACUCAUUUGUUAGCAACCAUUACCCAUCGAGGAGCCAAAUCUGACGAAGUGAAACUGUGUGAAAGCAAAUAUCUCAUGUGAGCUGCUGUUUUAAACAAGAUGCCAGUUUUGUCCCCCCAAAAUAUAUUCACAAUAAAGUGUUAUUUUUUGGAAGCGUUGCCCAGACCAAACAUCA